AUGUCUUGGUUUAUUCCAGUUCUAGUUGGAAUCUUGUCAAUCUACCUUGUAAGAAAAUUGAUGUCAACGUCAAAAGUUGACAUCAAAGGAAAGUUUGUUCUUAUUACAGGCUGUGACUCUGGCUUCGGUCGUGAAACAGCCAUACGGUUGGACAAGAUGGGUGUUGGCGUAUUGGCGACUUGUUUGACAAAACAAGGAGAGGAGAACUUAAAGUCUGUGACGAGCAAACAACUCCAGACUUUUCAGUUGGAUGUUACAAACGCGCAGCAGGUUGAAGAAGUCUACGAGGAAGUUAAAAGAAGGAUUCCUUCUGAUACAGGUAAUUAACUGGUGGUAUCAACUCGAUAUGAUCAGUAUUAUUAAAUGUGGUGAGUACAAAUCUUUUCUGGUUGUAAUUGUUUCAUUUAUUGACACUCGACUAAUAUAUUUUGUUUUCCUAAAAAAUAAUAAAAGACUAAGAGACCUAGUUGUCUUUUGCGUCAAAACAUAAAAUACUCUCUUGUAAUAAAGAAAACGAAAGUUAUCAUACAGAUUACACUUUGGAUAUCUGAAGCUGACAUUAUUGACAUACGUGGGUAAGUGUUACAUUUUCAUGCACGGUUGCAACAAAAACUAAUUUACUUGCCGCAUAAUGCAAACACCUAGACAAUAGCGAUCGACACAGGGGUUUCGGUAUUAUGGUUUCUGCGCUUGGCUGAUCUAUUGCUGUUUAUUUGUUUUUUUGUUGUUGUUGUUUUUGAUACCCCGAUGGACUAUCCCGGGCUGAAGCUGGUUAUUCAACGGAGAAAAGACUGAAAAUAAACGACCAUUGCUCUUCAGACAAAAAAGGCCGCUUUUAAAGUCAAUGUGCAUUCUUUCAUCAAACCUCACCGCGUUUACUUCAACUCGCUAAAUUAGUCAUGUGUCAACAAAUUGCUUAAGAAUUAAAUUUUCGAGGACCGUAUCCAUGUUAAGAGAAAAAAAUCGUCUUGGUAUGUUUAUAACCUCAAUAAACAGUUGCAUAAUUAACAGCAAUUUUCAAGUCGUUGUUGUGCACCAAAAAGAGUUUGAUGGACGUGCUGAGUUACUGUGCUGUGUUGCUUGUUGAACAUACUGUUUUUUAGUCCUAGUUUUUAGAAAAUCGCACUCUAACCAUCUUGUUUGCAUAGAUUCUGAUUCUCUGAUGAUUCGUUAUAAUGGUAUAUAACAUAAUUGCCAGGAGAGGAAAACACUAACCCUAAUCAUAGUUACUGACUAGAUGAGACUAUUUUUAAACCAGAUGAAAGCAACGAUUCUUAAUUUUAAGGGGUCUCCCUGACCGCCCACAAGCCUUUUCUAUUUUUUCACAAACUGUAAGUGAAUACAACAACGUUAUCCUUCUAUUGGUUGGUAAGUGCAAAAUGAUAGCGACAGGCUGUGCACUGUCAAGCUUAAAGAAUUUCUUCAAAAUAGGUACUUACUUAAUAUUGCUUUCAGCUUUAGUUACUUUUAUUUUUGUAAAAGCUUGUUCUGCUUUUGCUGGUCCAUACCGGGGGUCCAUAUUGCCAUAUUAGACUCGCUUAUUUUUAUUUAUGCGGAAAACCUGAUUCUUUAUAAGCCCCGUGGUUUCUUUCAGCUUUCCUCGCCAUCUGCUUCCUUUAACUUUCUUUAUAAUUUCACCUUUUUUGUAAUGAUGUGUAGUAGGGUGAAUGAACAUGAAUGAAUGAUUGAACGAAAAGUCAAAAAAGCUAACAAAACCUUAUAACAAAAAAAAGUCUGACUCUAACGGGCUUCACAACCAUUGUUUUCUAACUAUGCCCUGAUUCGUUCUUUCACUUUGUUAGUAGGACUGUGGGGACUGGUGAAUAAUGCGGGAAUAAUGUUCUCCAGUCCUAUCGAGUGGACUCCUGUCAGUACAUUUAAAUUCCUUGCAGACGUUAAUCUGUGGGGGAUGGUUGACGUCACUAAAGCAUUUCUACCGUUGCUGAAAAACGCGAAGGGAAGAGUUGUAAACAUGUCUAGUACCGCAGGUAAGUAUGUAACAAAAAAAGCUACACAAUGAGUAAAUAAAAAUUGCUAUUCUUGCGUUUUUGUUUGAAUGUGUAAUGUUAAUUUACGUUGUCACGCUACUAAAUGGACUAAAUGGAGUUUGAAAGAUCGUAAGUAUGUUAUUAAUAACUAAGAAUGGUGGUUGACACUCUAAAUUAUCUAUUUCCCAGCAACAUUUUCCUUCCAAGGACAUAUUUUCUUAUCCAAAUCUCCCAGCCAGCAAAAAAUUACAUGAAGAACAGAUAUUUUGAGGAACAUAUCCAUUGACUGUCCCUGAACAUCUCAGUCGACCCCACAAUUUCACAAAUUCAUUCUUCUCUACCAUAUUAGGUCUUAGUUAAAUUUAAUGGAACUGAAAAAAAUUUAAUUUUUAUUUACAUGUAUAUCUCAUAGACUAAGUGAACUAAAACCAUUAGAAAAAGCCACUUUGUGAGCUGCUUGGAUAUUUUGAGGUUGCCGUUAUACUGGGUCGAUGUUUUAUCGUAUUGGAUUAUGGGACAGAAUUGGAGGCGCUGUCGCUGUUUUCAUUGGCUAAUACUAGGUCGCAAAAGACACUGGGUCAAAACCUGUCACGCAAAACAGCCCCAUUGUCUGAAAUUGACACAGCAGUGACUCAUAGCCAGUCUUGCACACAACCUAAAAAGUGGCCACUGUGUAUGUAAUGGCAUGUCAUCCUCAACAGGCCGAGUCGCUAUUAGCUUGACUGCAGCUUACUCUGUGACUAAAUAUGGUCUAGAAGGUUUUUCGGACGUCCUCAGACGAGAAAUGCAUCCCUGGGGCAUCAAAGUAAGCAUGGUUGAGCCGGGUGCACACCAAACUCCAAUGACAGACCCUCGUACGUUUGAAAGACAAUUUCGACAAGCCUGGAAUGAGUUAAGUGCUGAGCUGCAGAAGGAUUACGGACCAGAAUACUUGGAAAAAGGUAUUCCUGUAUUUAUUUAUCUUUUAUUUACAAUUUCCAUUGCAGGACUGGCUGUAUCAACUCGAAAAUUUGAUCGUGAGAUGGCCACUUUGGAAAGGAAAGCAGUGCCAAGUUGUUAAAAUUGCAAGACUACUGCGACAAAACGAAAUAGCGUGUAUAAGUAUGACGUCACGUUACCAAGGUAGCAAAAUUUCUGGAUCACAACAACAGGGGGCUUAAGCAACGACAAGGGUGACGGCAACGAGAACGGCAAAAAAGUAGUACACGCUUAUUUUAGUAAAACAAGAACUUUGCACCUGCAUCACGCUUUUUAGUACAUUUCUUAGCAGUCCUUGCACGACUGCGACAUGAAACUUCUUAAUUUCACGCGCCUGCUUUAUGAAAAAGGUGAACACAACACAAAAACUUAGAUACGGGUCUUUCGAAUUUAACCCCAGAAAAUUUCGCCAACAUUUGACAAAUUAAAUGAGACUGAAUAAGAGCAAUGAAGUUUGAAACAAUGCGAAUUUAGUUUUUCAGUCGCGUUUUCAGUUUGUUUUCAUCCAGAAAUAUUGCUUCCAUGGCAUCGUGACGUAAUGACUUCUCCUCUCUAUCAAUCAGCCAUUUUUUAAAAUGGCGUCAUUUGACUUCGGCUGCAGUCCAUCCACAAUUAGCAGCAAACCUUAUCUUUUAGAUCGAGUUUUCUAAAGUGACCGGAUAAAUGAGACACAUUCAUAAACGAUAUUUUGUUCCUUUUUAGGAGUAUCAUUUAUGACAUCAUAUGAAAAGUCACCCAAAACCUAUCAAGUUGUGGACGCUAUAGUGGAAGCGUUGUCGUCACAGACACCACGUGAUAGGUAUUUGGUUGGUGUGGAUGCACGAUUUCUUUUCUCUUGGAUGACUGUAAUACCUGCUACAGUAGCAGACACCUUAAUGCGCAUACUCCUAAAGCCACCAGCACCGCUGGCCAGCAAGUAAUGUAUUAUUGCGCACGGCACAGUUGCAACAAUCUUUCUUGUGUCGUUUUUGGUUCAAUGCUACUGUUAUGUACAACCGAAGUUGGUUUGUUUUGAACUCAACUCAAAUUUAUUAGAAUAAUUUAUAAAUGCCGGGAUCUCUUAACCCGGAGCGAGCAACUCCCAUACUAGGCCUAUGCCACGGCGUUUUUAUGAGUUGUUUUAGACACAUUUUAGGAUUCUAUUUUCCUGCGAAAAUAGGAUCAGAAUGCAGAAUUCAGCGAAUCUCCAUGUCUAUGAGCGCAUUCGAAAUAUAAGAUCUCAAAAAGGAAAACUAGGCGUUAUUAAAAGGCAACAAAUACUAUUUUUAGGUCUGUAGGUUUUGCUGACUGGUUCGUAGAAAUAAAAAGAUAUUCCAAAUUCGCGCCAAAACCGUUCUAAAAAUAAACUGGUCCGUGAAAACGGCACGACACGAACGCGUGGAACUUGCUCGCUCCGGGUUAUGGGCUCCUGCAAAUGCCACGAUCAGUCAUUCCAAAAGCAGUGCAAUUGAUAUUGAUAUUAAGGAGGUUUACAUUACAGCACAUAGUUACUGUCUCCAAGUUAGGACAAUUUACUCCUUCUUGGUCAUUCUUUAAUUGUAUUGUGUCUCCCAUCAUCAAGAAAAUCAAAAUUAUAGUAAAUAAACUUGUUAGCUUACUCUCAGAGCUAAGAAGUUAUUGGGAACUUGUUUGAAUGGAGGCAGUCCUUUCUUUUAUGAAGUCUCUAAUUAGAAAGUUCCAAAAUGUUCCUGAUUCACUUGACGAGAUGAAUAUUAUUUUAAAACGUCACUGAUUUGAGAAAAACCUGUACUUCAAUAGUUUUUUGCGUUUUGAUUUUGUCAUCCGUUGGAAAACAUCUGUGAAAUUUUCUAAAAGACUUUACUACUAGUCCCGGGCUAGUAGUAUUCUAGGAAUUCUCUUUGCGUUUACUUUAAUGUUUUUAACCUCAUUAUAGUUCGCAAAUUUAACUGUGUAAUUUUUUACUUCUUUUAUAUGUAGGUAACCAAAGAUAAAAGGAAAAAAACGGUUGGUUGUCAGAAAAAAUGUGCACGCGACAAGCCAGGGCUGAGUUGCUCAAAGCAUGGUUAGCUUUAACCAUUGGUUAAGCAGUAUCAAAACCAAUACGUUGUCAAGGUAUUAAACGCUGGUUAACGCUAACCAUGCUUCGAGCAACUGGGCCCAGAAAGGUAAUAUGGGAUAUGCUCAAUACACUGUUCCUGAUAUUGUAGCUAUCGAAACCUACUUUUGUUGCUUUCCUUUAGCACUCGCAAACACACGUCCAUGGCCUGUUGUGGCAUUCUUUCAAAUUUAUUUGAAGAACAGUGAACUCAAAACCACCCACAAUACUUUUCGGGAUUGUUCCGUAAACUUUUUCCGACAACCUUUCUCGAAAUAGCUGUUGACUGCGAGCAAGCUCCCCAUUUGGGAAAAGUUGCGCGCAAGCGGCACUCGAGAGAAGACACGAAAGAGAGGGAAGGCACCAGUCACUCGCGCGUUCGCGUCCGGUUCGCUUUCCUCGUCACAAGAAAAGUCCGCGUGGAGAGCUUGUCGCGCGCAGGCUUAUAUUUGUACAUCCAGUGGAUUUCCAAUUUUGUUUCUGAACUAUUAAAAAGUUUAGUUUAUGACUUCUUGACACUUCUUUGUCUCAUUCAGGGAGCUCAGUACGAAAUGCAAAUCUUUUUUGCCAUUAUCACUUCCUAGGGUUGGGCAUGGAGAAGUAUCCAAGCAAAAAAUGCAAAUGCUGUCAUACUCUAUUGGAGUAAAUAAAGCAUGAGCCACGCCCAGAUUGGUCUCCUUUAGAGAUUUAAUUCUAAUUUCCGAGGCAGCAUCCCUGUCACUUUUAUAUGGGAGUCAAGGCCAUCUGUCUCUCUCUAUAUAACAACAACAUAAUAACGAACAAUGGCAGAACUAAAACUCGCUGGAAUCACCCUAAAACGGCCGAAAAUGCUAAGAAGCAUCAUACACUUAGACAAUGAGACAAGGUGAGGACCGGUAAUAAAUUCUGAUGUAUUUUUAUCACCAUUUUUGACCCCUAAAUAACGAUCGCUUAAAUAUUUCUGUUACGCUUUUCCCGAACAAUGAUUCUCACCCGUAACCUUGGUUUACCUGUGGUCUAUUUCUCGCUUGGGUAAGCCACAGAAAAAACUUUUACAAUAACCCAAGCGCGACAUAACAAAAGCAUUGACGAUUAUCUGGAUGUGAUCCUUGUUCAGAUACUUCCUCAAGCUGCCAAUGAAUCGAAUCGCCAGCAUAGCCUUUUUGCGUGUUUCAUUAACUAAUGAUGACUAGGAUUGAGCUCUCUAUCUAGCUUGACAACAAGAUCUAGAUUACAAACUCGGUCUGAAAUGAUUUAAAAAGGCAUAACUUUCAUUGAUAAUCGAUCAGCUAUUAUAAUUUUGUUGUAAAAGAACGGACCUAGUUACCUACCAGACAAUAGGCGUGUUACCAAGUGAGUGGCAAGUGAGAGUACAGCGACGAAUGUAAUGACAGAGGAAGAUUGGGGAAAGCAAAAAUAGCAACUCACAGUGUAGUCAAUUUGGCACUAGAGCGGAAGAAGGAGACAACAGAGGGGGAGAGGAGAAAACAAAAUAAAAAAUAAUAAAUUUUCUCUCCUCCCGCCCCCUUGUUUCCUUUUGACUCGCCCCAUGGCCCAACGUCUGUACGUUCGGGUCUGAGUCACGCUUUGUUCCUCGCCCUCCGGGGAGCACUGCGUGACUCCUACCCGGGAAAUAUAGUCAACCUCGUUCUCGGGGUUCUCUCCUCAUGCUCUCUGCUACCAGUCCCUGCGGUGCGAGAGAGAGGUAGGAGAGAGAACCUGGGAACGAGGUUGGUGACGGGUGGCUGUUUUAGGCAACACUAAGAGAUUGAAUAAUUGUUUCGCAACCGAUAACCAAAGUCCAUGACCUCUGAGAAUUUAUAUGUUAUCGAGUAUUUGAUAUCGAUAUCACCCAAAACAUAGCUAUGGCGGGAGGGGAAAGGAGAAGUCAGACUACCCAUCACAUGGAUUCGACGGCUUAAAUAACAUGUCUUGGUUUAUUCCAGUUGUGGUCGGAUUCUUGGCAAUCUACCUUGUACGAAGGUUGAUGUUAACAUCAACAGUUGACAUCAAAGGGAAGUUUGUUCUCAUUACAGGCUGUGACUCGGGCUUCGGUCGUGAAACAGCCAUACGGUUGGACAAGAUGGGUGUUUGCGUUUUAGCGACUUGUUUAACAAAACAAGGAGAGGAAAGCUUAAAGAGCGUGACGAGCAACAAACUGCAGACUUUUGAACUGGAUGUUACAAACUCGCAGCAAGUUAAAGAAGUCUACGAGGAAGUUAAAAGAAAGAUUCCGUCUGAUGCAGGUAUAACUUGUAGUUUCAUUUUUGUUUAACAGAAUGCUACUGAUUCGUACAUAGCGCUCUUAAAAGGUUUACGGCUUAUUCAGUGUACUUGAAUAAUGAUGGCAAUCAUUCUUUGCUCAAAACAUAAGAAUAUUCGUAAGUAAUAUAGAAAACAUCACAUUUUCACACUUUGCAACAAAAAAAUUUAAAAUUUAUUUGCUUCAUUGUUUUUAGAAAAUAGAUAAGGUCAUAAGGUUGAUCGGCUUUGUCAUGUAUCUAUCUGUGUUUAUGCUAAUUUGCUGUUUUGUUGUAUAUGCCCCUGGACUGGGAAGUUCCAUAUUUUAUCGCCCACCCCGUCCACUAAAGAUGGCUGGAAUCCGAGCCUUGACUUUUUGUCGGCGCCCUUCGAAAAAUGGCAGCCGAAGGGUUAACUUUUUGUCGGUGCCAUUGAAAAAAUUGAUUGAAAGGUCCCAAUAUUUUUAGGUCAGGGUUUCGCCACGCGUUCCUUCCCUACGAACGAUUGCAGCAGAUGCACAAGGGGUUAAGUUCAUUUCACUUUGUUCGCAAAUAUCAGCUGGAGACCACGUUCAGAUUACUGGAGAACCCAUCGGCGCUUAGCCGAUCUUAAGGCAGGUGUGUAAGAACGUAUAGAGCGACGGAUGAGCGAAUUUAAAGACAGUUGAUGUCUUCUUCCAAUUUAGUGUUGGCCCGUAUGAUUUAUUCUGGAAGCUGUCACGGCUCGCAUGCGCAUGGCCGUGAACCCCCAGCCUUGAAUCGCGCUUGCGUCACCGUCUUCUUUGAUUAGCCUGACAGACUCUGAUCUGCCAUCAUGGGUUAAGCCUUCAUAAAGGCUGUUUGUGUAACAUGAGAUAACACAGACGAACAAUUACUUGAAAACUUACUAUGAUAACUUCUAGCAGAGGAGGCUCUUCAUGAAAACCCGCAAGCAUCCAAGAAGAAAACAAUGGUGCUGCACCGUGCAAAGUCUAUUGUUUUGUGAGUAAAUUUAACGCGACGUUUCCGUUGGUCAGAAAUUUCGUUCAUAAAAGCUAACAAAACAAAAUAAAAAAAAGUAUGAAAGGCUCGGGCUUCAUAAGAAGGUCCUUUAUUAACCACGACUCUUUUUUUCUCUCACUUUGCAUCAUGUUGGCAGGACUGUGGGGGUUAGUGAACAAUGCGGCGAUACUUUCUUUCAGUCCUAUAGAGUGGACCCCAGUCAGUACAUUUAAACGCCUUGCGGAAGUUAAUCUCUGGGGAAUGGUUGACGUCACUAAAACAUUUCUACCGUUGGUGAAAAAGGCGCGUGGACGCGUUGUAAACAUGUCAAGUGCCGCAGGUAAGUACAGUCAAACAUUCUGUAAGCGGCCACCCAAAAUGCCAAGAAUUGGUGGUCGCGUACGAGAGAUGAUCCACUCGGGGUCUCUUCCUAGAAAAAGGUUUGAACACAUAGGAUUCAUUGCAUGCAAUACAGUCGAACCUCUACUGACGGCCACUUCGCCACAACGGCCACUUCGCUACAACUGACACUUCGCUACAACUGACACUUCGCCACAACGGCCACCUCUCUACAAUGGACCCUUUUUUAGCGGACACUUCAUAGAUCCACUCUUAUUUAAGGUGGCUGAACACAGUUUUGACGGUGGUUAACGGUAACUCGCAUGACGGCACGCGUUUUAAAUUCAAUAGACAAGCAAACAUGGUUGCGAAAAAGCAAUGGUACACAGAAGACGAUUUCUCAAAAUCUACUCAUUAAGUUUUACAUUUAGUUUUACCUUUAUCAUAUUUUAAAGAAUGAGAUCAGACGAUUUUGUGACACAUUUAAUAAUUACAGUACAAUUAUAUUAUUGAUUAUCUAAAAACCCGUCUGUUAAAAUUUGGUCAAAUAAGUUUCAAAUGGUAAUGAUUAACUAUAGUAAGCUGGGUACAAGUUUAUAGGAAAAUCUAAUGAGCGAAUUUUAUGUAAACUGAGUAAAAGUGAAAUUUUAAGGUUGUAUUCUGUCGUUCAUGUUGCUAUGGAAACUACGAGAACGUCAAAUUUUACCUGUCAAUCAAAAUCUUUCUUCAGCUUCGGAACCGGCCCUCACUGUCCGUCUUUAAGGGAGGUGUUGUGAGAGUAGAGGUAACGUGACGCCAGUAAUUUUAAGAAACUAACGCUAAUCCCAUUCGCGAUGAAAAGACACAGCUAAAACUGGAACAUUAUAGCAGAAAAGUGGAAUCAUUUUCUCACUGUGCAAACAAACGUUCAUUCGUAAAGCAAACGUUCACCGCUUCGUGGCCUUAAAGCGUAACAGUAUAUACUCUGUGAACCGGAGCAAGACUACAAAAUAAUAAUUUUGCAAUUUGCUGUCAUGUAGAGCACCUACACUUGCGUUUUCAGUUUUUUUUCACUGCAUACAGCACUUCUCAAGUGUCCGUGGACAGUCUAAAAAGUGUCCGUUGUCCGUCAGAUGUGUCUGUCUUAUAGAGAGUAUAGUUACAGUAAAAUGGGCUGAAAAACUGCACAGACCAACACCGGCCGUGUCCGUCUUAGAAAGGUGUUCGUCUUAUAGAGGUGUCCGAUAUAUAAAUGGAGUUUGCGGGUCAUAAAUAUGUUACUAAACUGGCCACUCUCAAUGGCGUUGAAAACGUUCCUCUGCAAUUUCUUUGACUUUCUUUUUAUAGCGGAUAACUAUAGUGAAACUUGAAUUACGCGGACACCCUCGGGGACUGCUGUGGUGUCCGCUUAAUACAGGGUGUCCGCCUAAUACAGUGUCCACUUAGUACAGGGUGUCCGCCUAGUAUAGUGUCCCCUUAAUACAGGGUGUCCGCCUAAUACAGUGUCCGCUUAAUACAGGGUGUCCACAUAGUACAGUGUCCGCUUAAUACAGGUUGUCCGCCUAAUACAUUGUUCGCGUAAUAAAGGGUGUCUGCCUAAUACAGUGUCCGCUUAAUACAAAUUUCACCGUAAAAGAUUUGGCCAGCUUCUAAUUAUUAAAAUUUAUACUUGGCUCCGAGACUGAGGGGAGUAAAAUAAAAGAAAUAAAACUGACUCUCAAUGCGAAUUUCAUUUUAUUCCCCUUAGCCUCGGAGCAAAGAACCAAGUACGAAUUUUAAUAAUUUGAAACAGACCGACAAAAAAUGACUUUUUAAGGUAGCACAGUUACUGGUAACCCAGUAGUUUACAUUGUGGCCCACAAAUAAGAACAGAAAGACAUAAUUGAAAUAAAUAUAGCAAGGAUAAGAAUCCCAACUGACCAGACGCAGACCAGUUGGUUAUUUACAGGCGUGACCGGAGGAGUUGCACACUAGAUUGCGGACAACGCAAACUCAAAAUGGUCAAACCUACAUGUCAUGGCAUGUUAUUUGUCAACAGCUCGAUUCCCUGUUAACUUGGCUGCAGCCUACAUUAUUACUAAGACUGGUGUAGAAGCAUUUUCGGACGUCCUCAGGCGAGAAAUGCAUCCCUGGGGCAUCAAAGUGAGCAUACUGGAGCCGGGUGGACACCAAACUCCCAUGUUAGAUCCUAGUAUUGUUGAAAGACAAUUCCGACAAGGCUGGAAUGACUUGAGUGCCGAGCUAAAGAGGGAUUACGGACCAGAAUACCUAGAAAAAGGUACGCAUCUAUUUCUUUAUAGUUGAUUAUACAUCAUUUUCUAUUGCAGUGACUGGUGGAGAACCCUGCAAAUUGAGCGUCGCUGUAGUCUCUCUUAAGUUCAAAGCACGUAAGACUCAAAAAAAAAAAGAUGGCGGGAGAAAGAGAAAAAAAACGUGCUUUUUACGCCCUUUGGAAAGGAGAAUAAUAUCACGUGAAACUGCAAGCCUCUGAUUUAUCAUUCUUAGCACUUAGACAAUUGUGACGAAACGAAAUCCCGCAAUGAUAUUGGCCAUUGUUACAAUGGCGUCUCUUGACUACAACUACAGUCGAAUCUCACGAAAGCAGCCACACAAAUUGAUAACGUCUAGUGGACUCUUGCAGAAGGUUGUCGCGUUUAAGAGUCAAGCUACAGGGGUCUUUCGGACAGGUCUGAUAUACUUUCCUUUAUAUUCAUACUGUGAAUGGUUUGGAGUCAUGACAUAAGUAGGCGGAAUAUGAUCGUCCGGAUGAGUAUAGUCCCGAUUAGGACUGUUUUUGACAGUGACUGAGGUUUCAACAGCUUGACUGUAAGGUAGUCCGCUUCUUUGGCAUCUUCUGCGCCAGGUGAUUAAUUUACUUUUUCAUUUGUAAUUGAAAUUAGCUUGCACAUUUAGCAAAAAGAUAGAAUUUGCAUAAAAAAGGACCCUUGGUUAAAUCUCCGGGAUAUGCUAAUUACCGGGUAAAGAGAUUAAUGAUACAUUAUAACAUCAGAACAACUCUUUGUGAGAGUUUCUGUGAUGUUAUAACCCGAGUAAGAUAAUUAAGUAUUCCAUCCUACACGAUGAGCCGUGACGUUCACCGUUUCGGCUGUCACUGCGAUCUGUGACGACAAGCCAAUUAUUAGCAUAUUCCGGAUAUUUCUUCGGAAAGUAAUCGAGAGUUCUUUUUGAUGCAAAUUCUAUCUUUUUGCUAAAUGUGCACGUGUAUAUGAAACUUGAAAACAAUGCCACUGAAUAAUGAGGACGCUCACUUGUAAACACAAAAUCUAGGGGGGGUGAAAUUGGCUAUAUUUGAGGCCCUAUUUAAAAGCCUUCCCUGUUUUCAAUGUUCUUAAAACGCGUAGGGAAUAUUUCUUGACGAUUGAUCGCGGGAUUGUCGAAUUUAUAAAAAAAUUUAUCGAGCGGUUUUUGGAACAAUGCGAAAUUUUUAGGAAUGGACCAAAUUACGUCCAAAAACUGUAUCAAAAGCAGCUGAAUGCAAGUUAAUAAAAUUCUUCUUACUCGCGAUCGCCCAGAGCAAUUCCCCUCUUUUUUUGUAUGCAGUUUUCAAUGGAAUCAAACCACUAUGAGAUGAAGCCUCGUUUCCAACGCUUAUCAUUUUCUUAAAAUAUUAGCGAAUUGUGCGGCUAGCAUGCUAUUUCACUGUUUUUAUUAUUCUUAAAACUACAUUUCAAAAUAUUUCGAAAACGCUCUCAUAGAAUUUGUUCAAACUUUGCCAUAACGGAGGCAAUUAUAGCCGGUACAUACUCCCUUAAGCGAUUUUUUCAAAAAACUCCUGGAACAGAGAAAGACGAAGAUAAAUGAAAAACGUCAUUACGUUGCCAUGGCGACUCCGAUUGCAAUAAAACCCAGAUCAUAAGAAAUUUUCAUCUUUAUAUAAUACAGUUGUGGUAGCCUUUUUUUCCAUAUCUUUACUCAUGCCGACGUAGUUAAUGCUCAAAGUUGGGAGGUAUCAACCCCAAAAAAUCCAGUCGAGCCACCUUAAUAGGCAAAGAGCAAUGCUCUUUAUUCUACAUAGGAAAGGAAAAUCGUUAAAUGAUUCCAGCUUGUCCCAAGCACUCAGUUUAUCGGGAAGAGCGAAAAGAUAAUCGAGUACGAAAGAGGGAAGGAGCUAUACGCAUUCUUCACUCGUUCUUUUUUUAGAGUUCACUGUUUUGCCCUUGUUUAGAACAACUAAAAGAGGUUUUGUCAAACAAACCAUGGUGCAAUGGUAAAAAUUACAUCAAAAUAUGUUCGACAUAUUUCUCCCCUCUCCCCCCCCCGCCUCCUUCACCCUAACGCCUACCCCAAGAGCUGUUGUUUCUAUUCUACCAGGAGCCCAUAACCCGGAGCGUGCAACUGCUAUAAAUUCGUGCAACGGCGUUUUUACAAGUGAGUAUUUUUUAGAUAAGCUUUUCCGGCGAAAAAUGACUGUUGUCGCUUAGACCUUUUCACAGUCGGCUGUUUCGAAGAUGUUUCCUUCUGGACGAUAAAAUCAGAGAUGGCAGCCACGGCAUUACGAACGUAAACAAGCAGCUUUCAUCUGCCCCCAGAAAUUGCUCUCUUCAAACUGUAAAUUAUAAAUGAUCCUGAGAGAAUAUUCAGUGUGUUAAGGAUUUCCUUGCUGUACUGUUAGCUCUAUACUAGAGAGGAAGGGCGAUUCUUUUUUAAUUUCCGUUUCGCUGACACAGCUUUAGCAGAAAUCUCUCUUUAGUCGUUUUCGUCGACAAAACAAAUAGUAAUAUCGCUCUCCGUGUCUUCCGCCAUUUUUUUCCGCGUUAAUUCGUGAAGGACGCGUGGCUCUGAGCGUGGGUCAUCCACGGGAAACACAUUCGCGCUGUGUGAUUGGCCGUUGUCUAAUCCCCCUUGGGAUCUACGGUCUUAAAAAUAACUCGAGACGAAUUUCCUAUGGAAUAGGGUGUGUAUGGGGAUGCCUUCUCUGUCCCCUUUAUCCUCUCUUGGUUUAUGCUCAUUUUCCUGUUGGUUACCAUGUUGAUGAAAAGCUGGAAAAUCUUUUACGCGAUAAGCAGCAGACUAUCUUAUUGCCGACGAACAUAAGUGUUUAGAUCAAGUUUCCUCAAAAAUUGGCUGGAAAAAUGAGGCAAAUCUAUUAACGGUAAUUUUAUUACAUUUUUAGCAAUAUCAAGCUUGACAGGGGAAUUCUCUCGUAAGACGUAUCAAGUUGUGGACGCUAUAGUGGAAGCGUUGUCGUCACAGACACCACGUGAUAGGUAUUUAGUUGGUGUGGAUGCACGGUUUCUCUUGUCGUGGUUGCCGUGGUUACCUGCCUUUGCGGGAGACACCUUAAACCGGGUAAUAUUCAAGCCACCAUCACCGCUGACGAGCAAGUAA